CCAAGACCAACUUCGGGAUUCCAACCAGUGUGUACACAUUAUGAUGGGGUGUGUGUGAGAGAGAGAGGGAGGCAGAGGGAGGAAGCUGAGGAAGCUGGGAGGGGAUGUCAUCCACCUCACUGAAGGUAUAAAUAUAAAGAGUCGCAGUGUGAAAGAAUGAAGACGUUCCACCUGUUGACAACGGCUUAUUCACCUGAGACAGAAGAACCUGUUAAGUCCAUGGGGCAAAUCACAUCCAAGAGUAGUGGAUUGGUCCCUCGAGUCCGAUUCUCAACCGCUGAGGAAGAACCACCCAGGUACUCUUCACACCGUUUUGACGGCAGCAGCCAGCAACAAAAUGAUAACCUUCAAAUUCCUCCAACCAUCGUUGUCUCGGACACGGAUUCAAGUCCAUCAGAGCGCCGGGGCUCGAGGGUGGAGCUGCGUAGAUCUUCCAUUUACAGCACGCUAGACCUCGUGCCACAGCUUGAACAUUACGACAGCUCAUUUCCACAUCAACAGACGAGGAGCCGACCAUCUCUUGAGGCUCUCCGCAAGGCAUAUGAGGAUGUGGAGGUGGCAAGCACCACCACAGACUCAGGAGUAAGCGCCAUGCCGGCGGCAGACGGUGGGAAUGAAGAGUCACAAGCUCCAAAGACGAAAGCUCCUGUUAGAUUUGGCUGGGUGAUUGGAGUCAUGGUUCGUUGCAUGCUGAAUAUUUGGGGAGUCAUCCUGUUUCUCCGCCUAUCGUGGAUCACUUCUCAGGCAGGCAUCUUGUUGACCUGGCUCAUUAUCCUGAUGUCUGUGACGGUGACCUCGGUAACUGCCCUCUCCAUCUCCGCCAUCGCCACCAACGGGAGGGUCACCUCAGGUGGGGCGUAUUUCAUGAUCUCCCGCUCUCUGGGUCCUGAAAUUGGUGGACCAAUUGGGAUGGUCUUUUCCUUUGCCAACGCUCUGGCCUGUGCCCUGAACACGGUUGGGUUUGCAGAGGUGGUCCGUGAUCUGUUGCAGGAUUUUAAUGUCGUUAUGGUCGAUGCAGUCAAUGACGUACGUAUUGUGGGCGUGAUCACGGUGACUGUUCUUCUGCUCAUUUCAUUGGCUGGAAUGGAAUGGGAGUCCAAGACCCAGAUUUUGUUCUUUAUAGUUCUCUUGGUCUCGUUUGCUAAUUACUUGGUGGGCACAAUCAUCCCUCCCAUUCCAGAGAAACAGGCCGUGGGCAUCUUCGGAUACCGCAGUGAGAUCUUCAUAGAAAACCUGAAACCAAACUGGAGAGGACCUGAAGGCAACUUUUUCCAGAUGUUUGCCAUUUUCUUCCCCUCUGCCAUCGGCAUCCUUUCUGGAGCCAACAUCUCUGGAGACCUCAAAGACCCUGCUACUGCUAUCCCCAAAGGCACCCUCACGGCCAUUUUCUGGACUACGUUGAGUUAUCUAAUUAUUUCUGCAACUGUUGCGUCGUGUGCGGUGCGGGAUGCCUCUGGUAAUAUGACUGACAUUCUACCUGGAAACAUCACUGAUGGCUGUGUGGGCUUGGCAUGCAACUUUGGCUGGAACUUUACAGAGUGCACCUUAACACAGUCUUGUGAAUUUGGUCUGGCCAACAGUUCAAAGGUACUGGGCCAAGUUUCAGGUUUCUACUACCUCAUCACUGCUGGUGUCUUUGCAGCCAGCUUGUCAUCUGCCCUUGGUUUCCUCGUCUCUGCCCCUAAAGUCUUUCAGUGUCUUUGCAGAGACAACUUAUACCCAUACAUUAAAUUCUUUGCAAAAGGUUAUGGGAAAAAUGAUGAGCCGCUCCGGGCCUAUGUACUCUGCUACAUCAUUUCUGUGGCCUUCAUUCUCAUUGCUGAGCUGAACACCAUCGCAGCCUUGAUCUCCAACUUCUUCCUAUGUUCCUACUGCCUCAUCAACUUCAGCUGUUUCCAUGCUUCAAUCACUAACUCUCCUGGUUGGAGGCCAUCAUUUCACUACUACAGUAAAUGGACAGCCCUGUUUGGAGCGGUGAUCUCUGUGGUGCUCAUGUUCCUAUUUACCUGGUGGGCUGCUCUCAUCACCUUCUGCAUCAUCUUCUUCCUGUUCGGAUAUAUCAACUACAACAAGCCAAAGGUAAACUGGGGCUCGUCAGUCCAGGCAGGUACAUACAACAUGGCGCUGUCAUACUCGGUCUCACUGUCGGGUGUCGAGGAUCAUGUCAAGAAUUUUAGACCCCAGUGUCUCGUCCUGACCGGGCCACCGAACCAACGACCAGCCCUGGUGGACUUUGUCGGUUCCUUCACCAAACAUAUAAGCCUGAUGAUCUGCGGAGACAUAAUCAUGGAGCAAGACAGACAGACUCGUCCACACGAUGCUACUGACCUGUCAGUAAAGUGGAUGAACAAGAGGAAGGUGCGCUCCUUUUACACACCUUUCAGUGGCGACAGCCUCAGACUCGGAGCUCGACACUUGCUGCAGGCUUCCGGCCUUGGCAAGCUGAAGCCCAACACUCUGGUCAUGGGCUUCAAGGCAAACUGGAGGGAGAGUGCUCCUGAAAGCAUUGAAGAUUACAUCAACACCAUAUAUGACACCUUUGACUCCAACUACUGUUUGUGUAUCUUGAGGAUGAUGGAUGGGCUGGAUAUCUCAGACCAGUUUGAUUUUGAAGUGAACCAGGGCUUUGAGCCUGAUGAAUCAGUCGACAACGACGACGAGCAGUCUCCUGAGAGGGAAUCAGCUGAUGACAUCUCUGAUAAAGGCGACAGUGACCAGAUCAAAACAGUGUUUCAAAAUGACCAGGGGAAGAAGACCAUCGACGUCUACUGGAUCGCUGACGAUGGAGGUCUGACGCUGCUGGUGCCUUACCUGCUCACCAGGAGGAAACGCUGGCACCGCAGCAAAGUCCGAGUCUUCAUCGUUGGGGAUGAACAAAACAUGGAGGAAGGUCGCAACGAGAUGGUCGGUCUGCUGAAGAGGUUUCGUUUGGAUUUCAAUGAUGUCAUAGUCAUGACUGACAGUGAAAGGCGUCCACAUGCCAAGAACCUGAGUAGAUUUGUGGACAGUGUCGCCCCCUUCAUGUUACACGAUGAACAGCAGGAAGGCGUCUCAGUGCAGGAACUGAGACAAAGCACCCCCUGGAAAAUAUCAGACAAAGACUUUGAGGCCUUCAAACUUAAGUCUGAGAGAAAAGUGAGGCUGAAUGAAAUCAUCCGGAGGAAUUCACAACACGCUGCUCUCGUGCUUGUGAGCCUUCCUGUUCCACAGAGCGACUGCCCCAGUGCUCUGUACAUGGCCUGGUUGGAUACUCUGACCUGUGGCCUCCACUGCCCUGCAGUGCUGAUACGAGGAAACCAGCAGAACGUCCUGACUUACUACUGUCAGUGAAUUGUGACUUUAUGGAUAUUUUGUGACUGUAAAUUACCAAGGGAACUAAGGGUUCUACAAGUUUCUGGAAGUCUACCAAAGGGAUGAACACCAUUCUUCCAACCGAUAUUCCCUCAUUUGGAGUUUUGAUGAUGGUGAUCGAAGGAUUAAUAUCAGUCCAAAACCCACCGUUGGUUCAGUUAGGUCGAGAUCUGGUGCUUGUAAAGGCCUUAGCAUAUAAGCUAUGUAUUUAGCCUACUUUUAUGGAGGUAUUCAUAUAUUAUUGCAUGCAUACAGGAAAUUUGGAAACUGUCCAUAUGAAAUGGUUUUAGAAAAUCACUCCCAGAUUACUGUAGGAAACUGUGUUAGGCUUAGAUGAGUGGUUAAUUAAAUUAGUUUAUUACUAUCUCUGUGGCAGUAUUUUCCAAUUGUUCCUAAUCAAGUGCUCUUAAGGUUAAUACGGGUGUCCCACAAGGCCCUAUUCUUGUCCCUCUUUGUUUUAAGAAACAAACUUGAGAAGCUUGCACUAUAUAUUAGGCUUUGAGAUGCUUAAUUAAAUUAAAAUAUAGUAUGAUUACAAUAUACAAUCUAUCAUGUUAUUCGAAUCUUGUUAUGAGAAUAUAAUUUAUGUUAGUGCACUCAAAAGUUUCCACAAUAAAACGGAAAAUGUAGUAUGACGUGCACAGCUUUCUGAUAGCAAUCCUUUUUUAUAGAAGCAUUAAUGAAUAGUCACGCAGCUCCUGUCAGUGAUUACUGACUAGGAAGUACACCAGUAAGUGUUACCAAUCUUAGUUAUAUGGACUCAUUUAUUUGUGCCAAACUGGCCCUUGGUUGCUGAUCGCGAACAAAUUUCACCUGCCAAUUUCUGUCGUCACUUUGAUUCUUUUAUUGUGAAAGGACUUCAAAGUAUGUUUUGAGAGGAUUUGUUAUGGUGCAUGUUUUAAUAAAAUGU